AUGGCGUUCAUUGACGACAUCAUGCAUGCAGAGCUGCGCGAGGAUAGUUCUGCUAGCCCUAAGAUGAUUUUCUGUGAUGAGGCAUUCAAAUAUGGUGGGAAUGAUAGGGAUUAUGGCGGAUUCAGUGCCGUUGCCUGCAGUACCAUUGGGAAUAAGUUAAGUGAGAAGAUGGAGACCUUGGGAACGAAGUUGUUGCAUAUGUAUACGCAUUGA